UAUAACCCAGUGUUGCUUCGGAUUCUUUCAAUAUUAACCCAUUAAUGAAUGAUUCUUCAUCCAGCUUCCCUACAUUCUGGAGAGCCCCAAUCAGCAGAUCUUCGUCAGCGGAACACGGUUUUCUUCAAAAUAUGCCGGGAUCAACAGAUCAAGAAAAUCACAUGACUGGAUAUGAACCACCACAAGGGAACUCAGAUAGUGGCUUGACGGAGCAUCGAACACAUCAAUAUAUAAAUCGCCCAGAAGGAGAAAUGGAUAUGAUGAUAGGAUUCUUCUUGAUGAAUGGAUUUUGUGUUUCCUUCUUCCUCCUCUUCGGUCUCUGCGUGAUAUUCUCCUGUCUCCGAAAACGACCAUCCUAUUUCCGAAGGAAGCAAUUUUCCGAGACUGAAAAUGUGGUCCCAGUUCAAGAAACGUCUUUCAAACCAAAAUUGAAAUCCAUUGUAAGUCAAGUGAUAAAAUCGAACAAAGUCACCACAAAGAUCACUUUGGAUCCUGAAACGGGAGAAAUGGAAUCAAGCCCAGACGAUAGUCAACAGACAAAACGAAGUGUACCUCACUUUUCUCGUUCACCAACUCCGUCUGCAACUGAUCGAAAAACAAGUUUGACUGUGAGCAGACAAGCGUCAUUUGAUCACUCGAGAAGAUGUUCGACAUCAGUAUCACAAGAAAAUUCAGCAAUGAUUCGACAUAAUUUACUGGGACCACUGUCAUUCGAUGACCUUCAUUACAUGUAGAUCUCCAUAAAAUAUAUUGUUUCAAUAUGUGAAAAAGGAUAACAAAAUGAGUAUAAAUAUAUGUUUACAUUUUUAUUAUUUUUUUCACCGAAAAUAGAACAUCUCAAUAAAUUAUGAUCAUC